UGUACUAAUAUUUCUUCACAUUGCAUUAUAGGGUGGAAAGGAUGGGGUUGUACUGAUAAUUCUACAGCUUUGUCAGAUUCUGAACUGCUGUUAGAUGUUUUAUUACUUACCUUAAGUAAUUUGCUCUUCAUACCAGCAAUAAUCUUGAGUGCAUCUAGGAAAUAUUUUACUGAAGCUUUUGUUUAUUUUGCCACAAUGUUGUCAUCCACGUUUUAUCAUGCUUGUGAUGCUGAAGUGUAUUCCUACUGUUUAAUUCGAUUAAGUGUACUUCAAUUUUGUGACUUCUAUUCGGCUAUCCUUUCUGUGUGGGUGACACUUAUUGCUAUGGCGAAAUUACCGAAUAUUGUUCAAUCUUUUACUCAUAUGGCUGGUGCUGUUGGUGUUGCUUUAGGUGUGGAGUAUGAUCGUACUGGUCUAUGGGUGUUUGUUCUCCCUACUGGAAUUGGACUGUUGAUUCUUUUUACAUCUUGGGCUAAUCAGUGUCGGAAAAAACAUGUUUGUUAUCCAACUCAUAGAGUGUGGCUUUUCUUUCUUCUUCCUGGAGCAUUGCUGGCUUUAUCAGGACUUAUAAUUUAUGCUUUCUUUGAAACUAAAGAUAAUUACCCAUUUGUGCACAGUGCUUGGCAUGUUACAAUUGCCUUAUCUGUAUUGUUUUUAUUGCCAAGAAGGGAAUUAAAUAGCAAAAGUACACCUGAGGCUACUAGUUCUUGUAGUUAUAUAAGAGUAGGUGAUGUUGUAUGCCAGGAUAUUUCACAACCUUCUUAUGCACAGUUAUUAGCUCCUACACCAUAAAAAUUUCAGGUUUUGUGUGCUAUGUUUAGUGUAUUUUUGUGACAAGACAGUUUAUUCUAUUAUAUAAUGGUAAAUCUGCAGUUUAAUUUUGAAGUCUUGUGAGAUUUCUUGAAACUUAUUUUUAAUUGAAGUAUUCUAGAUUAAUAGAGCAAAUAUGUAUGCUAUUACUCAGUUUUUUAAAUUUCGUGCAUUUUGUAAAAUAUGGAAUUUUAUGUGCCAUGUUCUUUAUGAUUUUUGAGGUAGAUAAAUGCAUUUUAAAUUUAGAUUCAUGAUAAAGAUACGAAUUAUUGUCUUCUUAAAAACUAAUUUUUAUGUAUGAUUGAUUAAUUUUGGCAUAUUAAAUGCAUAAAAAUGAAAAAUUUAAUUCCGUUUUGAAAUUUUAAUAGGUUAUUCUAGGGUAUUAAUUUUUUAUAAAAGAAGGCACAAGCCUCUUUGGUAGGUGUUACUUAACAGUUAACAUCUGAAAUGGUAAAUUUUAAUUUCUUCAUAAAUAAAAUUAGUCUUAAAUGAAAAUUUUGCUUUCUUUGUGUAAACAUGUAGUCACAACUUUACAUUUUAAAGUACGUGAUCUCAUUACCAUUUUAAAAUCCUUUUACAUUUUAUUUGUUUUGUGCAUAAUGUUUACAAAUGCCUUUUAGUGAAUUGUUGUUUUCAUGGAUAACUGAAUUAGUACCUUUCUGUUGUCAAUUAUUUAAAAAUCAUAACUUCCAAGCCAUGAGCUUACUGGUGAGUUAAUCUUUACUUAAUAAUGUAAGGAAAACAAUGUUAAUAAUUGAGAUACAGUCAAAAGUCGUUAAUUCGGACACCCAUAAUCCGGAAUGAUCUAUAAUCCGGACCUGAAAGCUAAGAACUUUCUGCGCAUGCGCCGCGUUGGC